GCAAACAAAGACAACCAAGAGAGAGAGAGAGAGAGAGAGGAUGGGUUCAUCAUCAACUAAUAAAAAACCAUACGGUGUUCUUUAUGUUCCGCUCAUCUUCUUCGUGGUCGGGAUGAGUUCCUCUUCUUCUUCUGUUGCAUCCUCAGAAGCAGAGGGUCUUCUGAAAUGGAAGUCCACUUUCUCCGGGCACGCUCCUAUGCUGUCUUCGUGGAACAACAAGAGCAGCCACAGUCUGUGCGCCAAUUGGUUUGGUGUUUCCUGCAACUCUCUGGGCAGUGUCGUAAGGUUGAACCUCUCACGGACCGGUAUCGAAGGUACUCUCCAUCAUUUCCCCUUCUCUUCUCUUCCCAACCUUGCCCAUCUCGACCUCCAAACGAACCUUCUCGCUGGAACCAUACCUCCCGAAUUUCGACAGCUCUCUAAGCUCAUCCACCUUGACCUGUCCACGAACCAGUUGUCUGGACAAAUCCCCACCGCAAUUGGUCUCCUAACUUCGCUUCGAGAAUUCAGCCUAUCUAUGAACUCACUCACAGGGUCUAUACCCUAUUCGAUUGGAAAUCUGACCAAUUUGGUCGACCUGAACCUCUUUAAUAAUUCUCUCACCGGUCCAAUCCCCGCCCAACUUUGUUUCUUGACUUCGCUUCAAAGACUUGGCUUACACAAUAACUCACUCACAGGAACCAUACCAUCUUCCAUAGGAAAUCUGACCAAUUUGGUCGAGCUCCACCUCUACACCAAUAUUCUCAGUGGUCCAAUUCCUUCUAACAUUGGUUCACUAACUUCACUUCAACAACUAUACUUGUCGUACAACUCGCUAACCGGUGCCAUACCGUCGUCAAUAGGAAAUCUAACAAAGUUGGUUAAGUUGGGACUUAAUUCAAACACCCUCACCGGUCCUAUCCCCAUCGAAAUUGGUUUUCUGACUUCGGUUCAAUCCCUAGACUUGUCCUUCAACUCCCUUACCGGGACCAUACCAUCGUCAAUUGGAAAUCUCACAAAGUUGGAUAAGUUGGGAUUUCAUUCAAACUCUCUCACUGGUAGUAUCCCUUCCGAGAUUGGUUUGCUAUCCUCGGUUCAAAUAAUAGAACUGUCCAACAACUUUCUAACCGGAACCAUACCAUCUUCGAUCGGAAGCCUAACCAACUUGUUUUGGUUGCAACUUUCUGUGAACAAUCUCACCGGUUCUAUCCCCGCCGAAAUGGGUUUGCUAACUUCGCUUCAAACACUAGAAUUGGCAAACAACUUGUUAAGUGGGGUCAUACCGUCUUCUUUUCGAAACUUUUCCAAGUUGGAGUGGUUGAACCUUAGAAAUAAUCAUUUUUCGGGUUCAAUCCCUUCGGGGAUCACAAGGUCUUUAGAGCUAAUUAUAUUGGACCUCAGCUACAACAACUUCACCGGUUUCUUACCAAAAAACAUCUGCAAAGGCGUCAAGCUUACGUAUCUCUUACUGCUCUAUACCCGCCUCAGGGGUGUCAUCCCAAAAAGCUUGAGAGACUGCACAAGUUUAGUCAGGGUAAGACUUGAUGGAAACGACUUCGAUGGAGAUUUAUCAGACAGCUUCGGGGUUUAUCCUGAUCUUGUUUAUAUUGAUCUCAGCCACAACAAGCUUCAUGGUAAUAUUUCAACCAAAUGGAAAGAGUUCCGACAACUCAGUGCAUUAAUCAUCUCUGAUAACAAGAUCACGGGUGUAAUACCCUCGGAGAUUUGGAACAUGACGAAUCUACAAGAACUUGAUCUAUCUUCAAACUACAUCUCUGGUGAACUAUCAGAAACCAUUGGAAGUCUUAGCCAUCUGUCGAAGAUGAACCUUAGUGGGAACCGAUUAUCCGGAAGAAUCCCUCUAGGAAUCGGUUCUCUAACCGACUUUGAGUCGCUCGACUUAUCCUCAAACAGAUUCGAAUUCCAAAUCCCCAAGACAAUUGGGAACCUAUCUAAGGUUCACUACAUCAACUUGAGUCGAAACAACUUAGAUGGAGGUAUACCCAUCGAGAUAUCGAUGUCUGUUCAGUUAUCAACGCUUGAUCUUAGCAACAAUCAAUUGGACGGCGAAAUCCCACAACAAAUAAGCUUGCUAUCGACCCUCGACACACUGGAUCUCUCAUAUAACAAUCUCUCGGGUAUCAUCCCAACAAGUUUCAAGGAUAUGCAUGCUUUGAGAAUCAUCAAAGUGUCACAUAAUAACCUCGAAGGUCCAAUUCCAGAUAACUUUGCAUUUCGAAAUGCUAAUGCUGAGGCAUUAGAGGGCAACAAAGGGUUGUGUAGUGAUUUCAAACAAGGAUUCAAGCCAUGCCCUAUUGCUUACUUGGGAAGGAAGAAAUCUUCGGGAAAGGAGAAAUCUUUGGUGUUAUUCUCGACCUUUGGAGUAAUUGUAUUUCUCUUAAUUUGUGUUGGAGCUGGCAUCUUCAUCAUAAGAAGAAGACAACGACAACCUAAUGGAAACGCAGAUUCGGAGCCAGUGUUACAAUUCUUGGUGACAAAUUUUGAUGGAAAACUCGCAUACCGAGAGAUCACCAACUCCACAGAGGAUUUUGAUCAAAAGUAUCUCAUUGGAACAGGAAGAUGCGGAAGCGUUUACAUAGCAAAACUGCCAGGUAUGACGUUAGCUGUCAAAAAGUUCAAUGAGAUGGCGAACGACGAGAUAUCAACGCCGGAAAUGCAACGCGAGUUCUUGAUCGAGAUACGAACAUUGACGGAAAUUCGCCACCGUAACAUUGUGAAGCUCUACGGCUUUUGUUCCCAUCGCCGCCACUCGUUCCUAGUGUGCGAGUACUUGGAAAAAGGCAGUCUAGCAAAAGCUUUGGCAGACGAAGAAGAAGCCAAGAGGCUUGAUUGGAGGAAAAGGAUUAAUAUCGUGAAGGGUGUUGCUCACGCUCUCUCAUACAUGCAUCAUGACAGGUCACCGACGAUUGUACAUCGUGACAUCACUAGUGGGAAUGUUCUGUUGGAUGAAGAAUAUGAGGCUAAGGUAUCAGAUUUUGGUACGGCAAAAUUCCUGAAGAUUGACUCUUCAAAUUGGUCUGCCGUCGUGGGCACGUAUGGCUACAUGGCACCAGAACUGGCUUAUACGAUGAGGGUGACGGAGAAAUGCGACGUAUACAGUUUCGGAGUCCUAACGCUUGAAGUGUUGAGAGGCUGUCAUCCGGGAGACUCGAUUUCUUUGUAUUCGUUGUCCGAAGAGAGCAUCGGAUUGAGUGAUAUAUUGGACCAACGCUUGCCAUUUCCAUGGCGGAUCGAGGAGAAGCUCCAAGAGAUUGUGAGAAUUGCAUUUCAGUGUGUUCGAUCUGAUCCACUGUCUCGACCGACAAUGCUUUCGAUCUCCAACGCUCUGUCGUAGAGACAUUGAUCGAAUAAGGGUUGGAUCUUAUUAGCCGUAACAUCAACUGAGCAUGCAUUCUGUUGGUGUUUUCGGCUCCAGGCUAUGACUAUCCAUCCGUCAAAGGAGCAUUAUUGUUGCAGAAGUUUCCAUCAUAUGUUAUGUCUGAUCUAAAUGUGUAAUUAAACAAUUUUAUGUUGCAGUUUUUAAAUGAUAGUUAAUGUAAUAAUGUUUGUGGUUACUUGGUUUGAAAUCUUGUUUUUUAUAUGCCCUGAAUGUAUGUUGACGUUCUUUGGACA